AACCAAAUUAAAAUCUUGUAUUCUGGAUCGAGAAUUUCAAAAAAUAUUAAAUAAAUAAAAGGGUGUCCAUUUUAUAAUAAUUUUUCAUAUUUUAUUUUAGGUAAGGCCAAGUUGAGAAUUUUUACCAAAUCAAUUCCACAUGGACAUUAUAGGUUGAGUCUGUCCUGUAUAUAAAUAUACGCAUACCUUUCCGAAGUAACCUAAGCAGAGACUUGAAUACAUCUCUAAUUCUUUCAAGAAUUCAAAAAGAAAAAUGGGUUGCUGGUCAGCUGAAAAUGCCACUAAAGCCUUUCUCAAAACCAUGAAUAUGGGUAAGAGAACAACAGAGCCAAAUGGGGCAGAGUUUAUUUCCGCUCUUGCAGCAGGAAAUAAUGCACAAAUCAUGGUGGCUGCUUGUGCCAAUGUUGCAGAUUCCACCAGCCUUGCCUUGGUGGCUGCAGCACAACAAACCGGAGGACGAGUCGUUUGCAUACUUAGGGGAGUAGAACAAUUACAUCUCUCCAAGAUGGCUCUAGGCACAAAUUCUAGUCACCUUGAGUUUGUUGUCGCGAACUCUCAGGCUCUAGAGAUGUUGCUGCCAAAUUACUACAAAGAUGCUGAUUUCAUAGCCGUGGAUUGUAACAUUCAAAAUCAUGAAGAGAUUCUUGGAUCGUUGCAAAAGAGCAGAAGGGAUAAAAGUACCAUUAUUUUGGGGUACAAUGCUUUCUGCAAGGAGUCGUGGAGGAGCAGCCCUUUGAGGACGCAAUUGUUGCCUAUUGGAGAAGGGCUACUGCUGACCACAAUAGCUGCUAAGGCAAAAAAGGGUACUGAUCGUGCAACAGAGAAUAGAGGACACUGGAUUGUUAAAAUAGAUAAAUGCACCGGGGAAGAACAUGUAUACAGAGUAAAAUCUCCACGGAGGAGAGUGGUUGAAACCUAAAUCGCAAUAUAUUAUACCAGAUAAGCUAGUUUUUUUAGAGAAAUUGAGUAGAUUGGAAUUGUAAAUAGUAAUUUGAUGUAAAAGUGAACUAACAAAGAUUAAAAUAGAGAAAUUGAGUAGGUUGGAAUUGUAAAUAGUCAUUUGAUGUAAAUUUGAACUAACAAAGAUUAAAAUAUGCAGAAGAAGUUUUGAUAAAC